AUGUUUGCUACACACGGUGUACCAAAAGUCGUACAAACCGACAACGGACCACCGUUCAAUUCCACAGAAUUAACAGAGUUUGCAGCUGAAGAAGGAUUCAUACAUAAGAAAAUCACACCAAGACACCCGAAAGCUCAAGGCCAAGUCAAAGGCUUUAACAAGCUUAUAAACAAGAUAGCGACUAUUGCUAACCAAGAACACAUAGAUGUACACGAAGCGACAUACGACAUGCUAUCAGCCUACAGAGACACACCACACCCUGCUACAAAGAAGACACCCUAUGAAUUGAUGAUGAACAGAGAAGUAAGAACGAAAUUGGAACACUUCCCAACAGACAAACCGACACAGGAUAGGGAAAUACGACGCAACGACAGCAAGUACAAAGAACAAACAAAAAUGUACCACGACAAAAGACACAGAGCAACAAAACACAAGCUCGCAGUAGGACAAGCCAUUCUGAUCAAGCGGGGCAAGAAAACAAAAGCCCAAACACCAUAUGAACCGCACAUCUAUACCAUCACUGAAAUCAAAGGAUCAAAAGUCAAGGCAAGAAGAAUCGGAGAUGGAAAGAUUAUAUGUCAAGAUGCAUCAAGAGUUAAACAACUGAAGUCUGCGACACAGAACAUACAGGAAGAAAGAGAGGAAGAAGGUAGAGAUAUCAAAAAGAUACCACCAUGCUUCAAGGAGCAAAUACACCAGCCAAUACACCAGCCAGAAGUGACUACACAGCCAAGACGAUCAGGACGGAAACACAUUUCUAUAUUCGACCGGAGACUGCGAGAUUAUUCGAAGUAA